AUGCUAAUUCUUCUCUUAUUUAUGUUUGUGGAUUAUGCUGAUGCCGCUAUCACUUGUCGAGUCUACAAGCCUCCUGCGUCCAAACCCCCGGUUAGAUUCUACUACGUGGAUCCGAAUCGCAGCAAUUGGACACUUGCACCACUGAGUAUAGAAAAUGAUCAGACAGCAGUGGGAGCAACCCUAAGGGAAUUUUAUCAACACGAUCAAGGACAAUUUGUCUUCGCUUACAAUGAUGAUAGCCCAUCGGGAAGCGUCGACUCCUACCGAGGACACAGCAAAGGAGUUCUCUUAUUUGACCAGAGCAGUGGAUUUUGGAUUAUUCAUAGUGUACCAAAUUUUCCGGCAGCAGGUACUUACACCUACCCGUCCACUGGGAUCAAAUUUGGUCAAAGCUUUCUUUGUCUCACACUCCCCACUGAAACUCUCGCUGAUGUGGGCGAACAUCUUCGAUAUGUUCAAGCUACACCAUAUUUCACGAAUCUGCCUGAUAUUUUUAGUUUGAGGUUUCCAGUCCUUGUCAACAUUGUAAAAAAGCAGUCAUUAUCGAAAGCGGAGACUGUUUUUACUAAAGUUCGACAAUUUAAAACAGCUGGAGGACAGACGUUGAAGACUUUUGCGAAGCACAAAAAAUUUGCUAGAGAUCUUUGGUUUGAUCUGGUGGCUCCAGAGUUAAAAAUCAACAUGGCUGUAGAAAGCUGGUUGAAUGGCGGCAGUGAUGACUUGGAUAGUAUGUGCACAGCUAGAACCAGUGUAUACGAUGUGACUUCGGUACAAUUGCCUGAUAUAGCUUUCAACAGCUCGAGGGAUCAUUCUAAAUGGGCUGUAGCCGACUCGAGAAGCCCACAUAUAGUGUGUUUCGGUGAUACGAAUCGACAGAAAUCGCAGCUUCGUCGUGGUGGUGGAGCGGUUUGUCUGCGAAAUCGUAGCCUUUGGAAGACAUUUCAUAGCACUGUUAAUACUGUACAACCUUGUAUGAGCAAGAAAAUUUCUUCAUACUUCGGUCACAACUUACACAUUGUUGUACUUGUACUUGUACACACUUUUGUAAUCUAGCCUCAAACUGACGCGUAUAAGAACAAUUAUAACCUUUGAUUCAACUGCCUUAGCGGCUGGAAGGCGGGGCUUUGUGACCUAAUUGAGGCCGCUCGCACUUGCGACGCUGUCUGCAUCUCUCUCGCGCGAUUGCUCUCC